CGCUCGCUCGCAUUGCUCAUUCUGCAAUUGACCAUGGACUGGUUCCUUCGCUACUGGACGAUCACGGUGCCGAGCAAGACGCCGUUCGAGGUCGCGGGCGAGCUCUGGCUCUUCACGUUUCCGUCGCCGUGCGGCAACGGCGAGCUCAUGACGUGGCGCGGCCUCCGCUUCCACCGCUGGCACGUGCUACUGGCGACCUUCUUGACGCAGUUUGUUUGCGGCUUGCUCUACGCGUACAUGAACCUCGCCGGUACGCUCGAGCUCCUCUUCUUCAAGACGGUCACGGUCGAGCACGUCGCGACCACGUACGGCGAGAUCGUCGGUUGCGGCUUCCUCGGCGUCGUUGGCGCCAUCGUCGGUCCGGCUCUGGAGCGCCGCCAGCCGCGCGUCGGCAUGAUGAUCGGCAGCGUCUUCUUCUUGAUGGGCCUCGUCUUCAGCCACAUUGCGGUGCUCGUCGAGUCGUACUGGUUUUUCAUCCUCGGGUACGGCUCGUGCAUCGGCAUUGGCACGAUCCUCCUCAUGCUCUCGUCCUUCUCGACCGCGCAGAAAUGGUACCCCGACUACCGUGGCAUCGCGAUCGGAGUCACGUGCUCGGGCUUUGGCGUCGGCUUCUCGGGCUGGGCCGUCCUCUUCCUCGCGCACCUUGGCAAGGACAACAGCGUCAACACGGCGCCCUUGUAUUCGAUCUUUCUCAUGGCCCUCGCGCUCUCCGGCCCGAUCCUUGUCUUGAGCACGGUCGUCAUGCGGUCGCCGCCGCCCAUGUACAUUGUGAACGGCCUCGACGUGCACUGCAUCGCGGUCGACACUAACCUCCCGGGCGCCGGCUUUGUGCAAGAAGAGUACCUCGACUGCGGCAUGACGCUCGUCAACUACGACGCGAUGCGCGCCGCGUCGCCGGGCACGCAGAGCUACUACUACCAGCAGGUGAAGGCGCUCUCGCUGCUCCAGUGCAUCAUGUCGACGGACUUUCUUCUCCUCUUCAUCGCGUUCGCGGCCUCAGUGGCGCCCAACAUCGCCUUCUCGCCGCGCCUCGUGGACAUCACGGCCGCCAUCUUCACGCACGACGACACGGUCGCCACGUACGCGGUGGCGCAGAACACGGUGAUCGCGACGGUCGUCGGCCGCCUCAUUGCGCCGAGCAUGUCGGACGUCCUCAUCCGCGUCUUCUACAUCAACCCCGCGUUCGCGCGCAAGAUCGCCUUCAUGUUCUUCGUCGGCGCUGAGUGCAUCACGAUCCUCCGCCUCCAGCAGGCCAUCGAAGCGCGCAACUUUGCGCAGUACGAGUGGUGCACGACGAUCCUCGCGUUCACGUGCGGCUGCGGCUUUGCGACGAUCCCGUGCUUCCUCAUCGACUUGUACGGCGUCUACAACAUGGGCACCAUGUACGGCUUGAUCAUCACGAGCUGCUCGCUCGGCAUCGUCCUCAUCGGGUUCGCCUCGGCCAACACGGCGCUCAUCAACCCAGUCGUGCUCGUCGACCACCUCGCCUUCAUGGGCUACUGGCUCAUUGCCUCGUGGUUCCUCAUGUGGCUCGUGCGCACGAGCAGCGACGACCGGUUCUUCCCCGGGUACCAGAUCACGCUCUUCAACAAGGUGCUCGUCCAGAUCCCGUUCGAGUCCCUCAAAGACUCGAUGACGGUCAUCUUACCCGAGCACGACCUCUCGAGCCCGCUGCACCAGCGCGCCGCGUCCUUCUACCAGUGGGAGAGCCACGACGAGGUGCGCGACUCGACCGACGAGUACGGCGAGCCCAAGCUCGUCUCGCUCUUCGACCCACGCAGCAUGGACCCGACGCCGUCGCGCCCCGUGGCCAUCUGAGCAUGCCAUCGACCUCGUCUUGUCUAGUCCUUUCUAUUGAUUUUGUAAUGCCAAGCGGUUGCAGCUUUGCGGUGUG